AUGGCCAUAAUGGAAGCCUUGGAAGAAGCCCCCGACCCAUUUUUCGGCCUGAUGGAGCCCAUGCUUCCCAGCCCCAUCGGCAUCCCACAUGUCCGUUACAUCUUAGAAGCUCCAACUCCAGAGAAAACCCCUCUGGGAGCCUCUCCUUCUCCCCAGCGUCGGAGGACAACCGAGCCACAUAUCACCAUCUCGCCGGAUGCCAUCACGCUGAAGGAGGCCGAGCCCAUCAUGUUGCUGACCAUCGAGGGAGAGCAAGACCUGCCUGAAAUCACCGCCCGGGAGAUCGACAUGUUGGUGGAACAAGAGGGCUUUCAAGUGGCGUUGGGCGAAGAGGACGCCUUCCCAUCGCCCCGGAGAAGACGUGCCGAAGAAGAGUCUGCAGAGAAAGCCAGGCAGCAGGAACCCUUUCUGUCUUUGGAGCUGUCACCUCCCACGGGCAUUAAAGAGGUGUCUUCGGCUGCAAAGGACACAGGACUUGCCCUGACAGAGGAGGCCUUGCUUCUGGGAGAAGCCCCUUUGCUGCCUUUGGAGAUGACACCCAUCCCGGAAGGACCAAAGAUGCCUCCGCCGCCCCCAUCGCCCCUUGUCAGCCCCAGGUUGGAGCGUCCAUCCCGAUCGAGUCCCGAGCUUCUCUUGCUGGAAUAUGAACCGUCCCCGACUCGACCCCGUCGCCGGCGAAGGCAGCUCCGCUACAUUGAUGACAUCACUCAGAUUUCCCGGGAAGAUUUCCAGGAGCAGAUUGACAACAUACAGGCCCAAUGCCAGUCCCUGGACAUGGUUCUGCUACCAGCCAAGAGGCAGAAAAUGGCAACAGAUCUUCUAGGAAUGGCAACCUAUGGAUGGAUGCAUCCCACCCUCCAGGGUCUCUGGUCCGAACACGCAAAACUCCAGCGCAUGGAUUAUGCCCGGCAGAGAGCAUUAGAGAAGCAAGCACAAAGAGCGGAGGAGGAAGAAAUAGUGCAGAAGGCUGAGGUGCUCAGCGAGUUGGAGGGUCUUCGGGCAGCAGAAGAGGUGAGCGUGCCCCCCACGGCCUCCUCAGAAAUUUCUCUCGAGACGACCGGAGAAGAACAGCGUCCGAGCCUGGUGAUCUCUGAAGACAGGAUCCCUCUGGAGCCAGAGGAAGCGGCGCUUGCUGUUGUGCCAGAGCUCCCUGAAAUCAGCUUUGAGUUGCCUUUAGAAAAGGACCUGAUCAGCUUGGACUAUGUUCACAGGUUAAUUUCCUCUAAGCUAGAACAGGUUGGAGAGAUCGAGUUUAGCCACCUGGUGCCCCUGACCACUUCCCGGCUUGUGGUCAGCCGCUUCUUCUACAUGUGCCUCGUUCUCUCUGCAACGCAGCAAGUGCGCCUGGAGCAAGCAGAACCGUACGGACCGAUCCUCAUCCGCCCAGGACCCGGCUUCCAUCACCACUAGCAGGGCCCACCUCACGUCUUUAUGGGUGUCACCUGGUUCUGUCGGCCAUGGAACUGAGAAGAUAAGGAAAAGGUCUCCCCAACAACAAAGGCAGUUCUGUUCCCAAUGGUAUGAGUUUUGAGAGAGAAACAUUAGUGCAUCCCAGUUUUUGUAUUGAAAUGGAUUAAAUAAAGGUGUUUUGUUUUAA